AUGUGGUGGAGUCGCGGGCUGCGAAGGCUCCCGCGUCCUGACGCCGGUGCGGGCCUUCGGGUCUCAGUGCCGGGCGGGCAUGUCUCCCGGGCCUUGCGAAGAGACUUCUUAACCACCACAACCAAGGAGGGAUUCGAUGCGAGACGAGUGGAGAUUAUUCCCUUAGAACAAAGAAAGUUAACUUUUGAUACCCAUGCAUUGGUUCAGGACUUGGAAACACAUGGAUUUGACAAAACACAAGCAGAAACCAUUGUAUCAACUUUAACCACUUUAUCAAAUGCCAACCUUGAUGCCAUUUAUAAAGAGAUGGUCACCCAAGCUCAACAGGAAAUUACGGUACAACAGCUAAUGGCUCAUUUGGACUCCAUCAAGAAAGACAUGGUUAUCCUAGAGAAAAGUGAAUUUGCAAAUCUGAGAGAAGAAAACCAGAAAAUGAAAAUUGAAUUAGAACAAGUUAAGCAACAGUUGAUAAAUGAAACCAGUCGAAUCAGAGCAGACAAUAAACUGGACAUCAACUUAGAAAGGAGCAGAGUGACAGAUAUGUUUACAGGUCAAGAAAAGAAACUUAUGGAAGCAACUACGGAAUUUACCAAUAAAGAUACCAAAACCAGAAGUAUUAUUUCAGAGACUGGUAAUAAAAUUGAUACUGAAAUUGCUUCCUUAAAAACACUGAUGGAAUCUAAUAAGCUUGAGACAAUUCGUUAUCUUGCAGCCUCGGUGUUUACUUGCCUGGCAAUAGCAUUGGGAUUUUAUAGAAUCUGGAAGUAACAGUGAAAUAACUACAUUAUACUCCCUACUGUGCUGCUACUUAAAUAUUCCUGGAAAGGUAUAUUACUCCUGGAAAUGUUUACUUUUGAAUAUUGCAGC